AUGGCAGCCGAACGCGCACCCAGCGACACUCCUUUGCCUACGACCGAGACCGUGGAGCCGACAUCUCAGUCCGAUGCAGCCCCCUCGACGGUCUCAGACGAAGAAUGGCAAGCCAUGCAAUCGGUUUUGCAGUACAUCUACGACUAUAGACAAGAUGGUGAAGAUCCCUCGAAGUGGUUCCAGCGCAAGGUCAACAAGCGCAAUGUUCCGGACUACUACCUCGUCAUCCAAGAGCCAAUGGCGCUUAGUGUGAUUAAAGGCAAGAUCAACAACAAGGAAUACAAGAACUUCGCCGAGUUUGUCAGGGAUUUUGCUUUGAUCCCCUUCAAUGCGCAGGUCUACAACAUUCCGAACUCUGGCCCCUACCAGGAUGCGCUCAUAAUAAAAAAUGUUCUCGAGGCUCAACUGCAGAAGUUAGUCGAACAGAAGAUCAUCACCGAGGAGGUUGCAACACUUCCGUAUCUCGGCGAGAUUCCCACUCACGACGAGGUGGCUGAUGGCGAAGAGGAAGAUGAGGAGGAAGAUGAUGAGGACGAGGACGAGAAAGAAGAAGACGAAGAUGCCGACGAAUCUGACGAAGAGGGUGGGAGACGCAAAAAGCGGAAAGGCGCCAGGACAUCGACGGCCAUAGCCAAGCGCGAGGCAGAUGUCAAAGCUGACGCCGCAGAAAAGGCUGCCGCAGAGGCAGAAUCUCGAAAGAAGCGUGGCCGGCCACCACGGGUGGAUACUCCCAUGGAAGCCAGGAUCAAGAAUAUCAUGAAAGCAAUGCGCAAACCGAAGAACUCGCAAUCGCAGCUCAUGAUCAGCGCCUUUGAACGACUGCCCGAUAAGACCACGAUGCCCGAGUACUAUGUCGAAAUAAAAGUCCCUAUGGCCAUGGACGUACUAAAGAAAAAAUUGAAGCGUAAGAAGUAUACCUCUGUCGACCAGUUCAUGAAGGAUGUUGAGAUUAUGUUCGAAAAUGCCAAAAGCUACAACAAGGAUGAUAGUCAGAUAUAUCAGGAUGCCAUUCAUCUCCAGAAGGAGGCUCGAGACUCGGCAGCGGCCGAGAAGCAGAAGGCUGACACGGAGUUCGUUAUGGAAGAUGGUCGACUACCUAUGCCAAACGGCAUUUUGCACAACGGAGAGCUCUGGAAGGUUGGCGACUGGGUCCAUAUCCAAAACGCAAACGACGUGACCAAGCCGAUUGUCGCACAAGUAUACAGGACGUGGCAAGAUCAAGAAGGCGCUAAAUGGGUCAAUGCAUGUUGGUACUACCGCCCCGAGCAGACUAUCCAUCGCUUUGACCGUCACUUUCUGGAGAAUGAGGUGGUCAAGACCGGCCAGUAUCGCGACCACCCUAUAGAAGAGGUGGUUGACAGAUGCUUCGUCAUGUUCGUCACACGGUAUAAUAAAGGCCGUCCACGUAACUUUCCUGCAGACAAAGAGAUAUAUGUUUGUGAGGCUCGGUACAACGAAGAAAAGCAUAAGCUCAAUAAGAUCAAGACUUGGGCCAGCUGCCUGCCGGACGAGGUCAGGGAAAAGGACUAUGAGAUGGAUUUGUUCGAUGUACCCAAAAAGAUGAAAAAGAACCCAAGUCCAAUUGCAUAUCUACUCGCGGACGACGCGAAAGAGACAGACGAUCUUCCUAAACCUCAAUGGGGCGCUGAAAACGCGCCUCCAAAGAUUGGUGCGGUUCACAACCGCCCGCGAGAUCCAAAGGACUCACCACCUCCGGAGCCCACUCCAACUCCACCACCUCAACCUCCACCGCCCCCUCCACGACAGAUCUCAAACGUGCCAGCGCCACAACAAGACGGCUACUCGAAUCAGUCGCGGCGAGAUUACAACAUGAAUAUAUCUCAAACCCCAAUACCGGCGCCUACGCCUACCCCAAACCACCACCCACAGCCUGCGUACACACCGUCGCAUCAUCAGCAUACCUACAGCCAGAACGCUGCAUCUCCAGCACAGCACAUGCCGCAACAUCCCUCUCCCAGUCAACCACCUCCCGUCUUCCCACAAUUGACCCCCCACAUAAAUUAUGCGCACCAGCCAGCUCCUAUGCCACACCAUUCACAUGCCACAUCUCAUACACCCAGCGUCUACCAACAACGUUCGACCGGUCCGCCUCAGAGCAUGCACAGUUACCAAGCGCCCAAAGCCCCAGAGGUCUGGACUCUCGACACCCACGCAAACCUAACCAUCCCACCAGAGAUCCGCGAGCAGUUCCAGCGCGACGCACAGGGCCGUGUCCUGUUCUUCACCGUGCCGCCACUCGACGUUAUGCAACCAGAAAAGCACGGUGCAGCCCUCGGGCAUUCAGCGAGGUAUCUUGCCGCAAAGGCGAAGCGUGAGCAAGUGCUUAGUGAGAAGCGCAAGCGAGACGCAGAAGCAGCGAAGGAAACCGAGCACGAACGCAAGAAGGCGAAGCUAGAGGCGGAGAGCAAGGCGCUGCGCGACGUGACUGCGAAGGCCAAGACUGUAUUGAGUGCAAUCGAGACCGAGCUUGCAGUACAGACCAGGAAACAGUACGAGGAACUGUAUGGUGCAGAAAGGUUUCAGGCUGCAUUGGACGUCGGGUUGCAGAGGAUGGCGGAGAGGCAGAGGGAUCAGGCGGUACUAGAGCGCGCUGUUACGGGAAGAUUGGAGAAGGAGAGAGAGGCAGAUGAAAACAGUAGGAGAGUGAGAGGGCUUACGACGGCAUUGGUUGAUGGAACGUGA